UAGCCAGAUCAUGAUCACAAUUCAGAUUCAACCAUAGCAUGCAGGAUGGUGAAUUACACAAAGUUUAGGCAAGUGCUUUUCAUCAAACUUUAAUAAUUUUAACGCAGACGGUAAAAAUAUUGGCACUAUGAAAACAUUGUCGAUAAAAAAUAUCUUACAGUUUUGUAACUUGAACAAGUCUAUUUAUCAUCAUGUGACAUACGCAUAGCAGUUGGUCAUGUGACAUCUCCACCGAUUGUACAAAAUGGCGGACGGAGGAUAGUGGUGUUGUAGUAAGAUAUGCCUUGAUUAACAUGUCGUACUUCCAGGACGAUGAUGACGAUGAGCAGGAAAAACUUCUCGAGACACACCCACCACCUCCUGUCUAUAGUCCCGGAACUGUUGGUGUGCCCAGUACAAUAUUAGAGCCUCCAAAUGUGUACAAGAGUCGGUGGCGAUCCAUCCGGGUCAUGUACCUCACGAUGUUCCUUAGUAGUGUUUCCUUCUCCAUAUGUAUGUCAUCCAUAUGGCCCUACCUACAGCUGCUGGAUCCAUCAGCUACUACCGACUUCCUUGGCUGGGUGGUAGCGUCGUACAGUUUGGGACAGCUGAUAGCCUCCCCUAUAUUUGGCUUUUGGGCAAACAAGAGAAAGAGAAGUCGUGAACCUCUGGUUGUCUCCAUUGUCAUCAAUAUACUGGCCACUGUUUUGUAUGCAUAUCUGGAGAGUCUAAAAUCACACAAGAGUAUAGCCCUUCUACUGGCCAGAGGGUUCAUAGGCUUCGGGGCAGGUAAUGUGGCCGUUGUCCGGUCGUAUGUGUCCGGUGCCACCACCACGCGUGAGAGGACUGGGGCAAUGGCUAGCAUGAGUGCAUGUCAGGCUAUCGGCUUUAUAUUUGGACCAGGUAUUCAGACUGCCAUGGUGCCUGUAGGGUGGCCUGGACCAGUUCACGAGCCAGGGUUUCACCUUGACCUUUACACGAUGCCUGCUUGGCUCAGUGUCAUUGUCGGCAUCAUGAACGUUGUGCUAUUGGUGGUGGUGUUUCAGGAACACCGAGUUGACAAUGAUGAGGAUAUCAAUUUCCAGGUCCAAGUGGGCGAGCGGCUACCCGACUACACACCAGAUACUCUUGCUGUCAUCGCAUCACUCAUCCUUUUCUUCUUCGUUCUAUUCCUCUUUGUUGUGUUUGAAACUAUUGCCACUCCGCUUACGAUGGAUAUGUUUUCCUGGACAAAGAGCGAAGCCACACUUUAUACAGGGAUCAUCCUAGCUGUUGGUGGAGUCAUCGCCAUCUUUGUCUUCAUUGUCGUCAAAGUCCUCGUCAAGAGGUUCAACGAGCGCUACAUCCUAAUAGGAGGGUUUCUGUUCUGUCUGGCUGGGUUCAUCACCUUCCUGCCAUGGGGAAACGAUUUCCCGGAUUAUCACGAUCAAGACUUAUUACCGCCUUCAUCAGUCAAUUCAACCACAGAUCCAUUAAGGGGAAUUACAGAUUGGUCAACCUCUCUUAUGACGACUCCUGGUCACAACAGCUCAGCACCAGGUGAUGAUCCCGAGCAUAGAGGCUGUCCUAUCUCCUAUAAGUGGUGUGCCUAUACUCCGCGUAUCCUGUUACCACAGUUCCUUGGUGGUACGCUUUUGAUCGUCAUUGGUUACCCAGUCUGCAACCUCAUGAUCUACACAAUCUUCUCUAAAGUCCUUGGACCAAAACCGCAGGGAGUAAUGAUGGGACUGCUCACUGGCUCCGGGAGCCUGGCUCGAACCCUUGGACCAAUAUUCAUCAGUCAAGUGUACAAUGCUUAUGGACCCAGAGUAACAUUCGCAUGUACGAGCGUGAUAGUGCUGUUUGCAAUAUGUGGAUGUGUUUCAGUAUUCAAAAGGCUUGUGCCAUUCCAGUACAAGAGGAAAGAUAGCAAAUAUGUCUAUGAUAACUCUUAAUAAUACAAUGUUCCGGCGUGAUAUUUGUACUGUAAAAUUUGCUAAUAGUAGAAUAUUUUAUCACAUCUUGCUUAUAAACUGAGACAAGUUCCACAUAAAAAUUAAAUUACAGUGGAAACUGAUUUAAACGGGUUACGAAAGGAACUGUAAAAUGUUUAAGAGUAAAUAGUCAUCGGAAAAUAUCGGCUUAACUUACAUAAAUUACACUUUAUAGAAGUAAUUAAGUUAGUGGUUCUUACGGGUUGCUGGAUUAUGCAGCGUUCAGCGUAGACAUGUUCCAUUGUUGAUAUAUUUGUAGUGUCUUAAAGUUAUUAUGAAGAUAUAUCUAAUACAUAUAUAAAUUCAUAUAUAUAUUUAAUAUUUUAAACUGUACUUGGACGUUUAGUGUACUAUAUCAAGCUUACAAAAGUGUUUUUACAUCAUUAUAUAUUUAAGAGACAUUUAUAUGAAAUAUAACGUGAUAUAUAGAUAUCAAUUUACAGCAUUACCAGGCAUUCCCGUUUCAAAUAAAGUUCCUCAAUUCGUUUAUAUCGAACACCUUUAGAAAAAUGAUUUUCUGUUUGUUGUAAGUAUUUUUGAACAUACAAAGUUUUACUUGGUUAUUGAGAUGUUGGAGUAUCGAGAAGGUAUUAUUGUCCCGUGGUCAUUGAUUUCAGUGUAUUUACACUUGAUUACUCCGUUUAUCCCAAAGUCCCAACCACUCUCCCAUGAGGUCUAAAUAUUUGUAUAGUGUUUGUCAAAUGGUGAUGAAUGUAGGCCACGUAAUUCUCCUAUUAUUUUCCCGAUUUUCUUUCAACGGCACAUUUACGAAAAAUUGAAGUUUCUGAAAGGAUCACUGAGGGUUAAAUAGUAAUUGUUUAUUUGUUUGAAUCGUGAUUUGUUUAUUCUCGUGAUUAUAUUUAUUAUUGUGAUAGAUUUGAAUUAAAGCGGAUAGAUAUUGCUCUAUUUUCUAAAGGAUUCGAUUUUAGUUUGACUUUUUCUGAAAAGUGUUCGUUCAUGUCAAUUAAGAUAUUAUUGUGAUAUUUUACAUUGAUUCUAGUCAGUUGUUUACACCAGUAUAUAAAUUCAAAUGACCGUGUACGAUUUAUUUUAAAACAUAAUUACAGUGAUGACCAGAAAUAUUGAACGAUCAGGAAAUGACGCUCCAGUAGAUUAUGAAACAUAAACAAAUGUUUUAGAAUCUAUGUCUGAUCAAACGGAAAUGUGUACUCAACCAAAAUAUUUCUUACGUUAGUACAUUUUAUGUCAGGUAAAACCAAUGACCUGUCAUGUAGUUUUUAAAAAACAUUAUAGGCCAAUUCUACCUAUCUAAAAUCGGGUUUGAUCAAGACUACCAGAACUUGCUGCAAUUUGCAUCAAAUUUAUACCAACGUUUUAGCGAGGAUGUGUGGUAAUCGAUUAUUGAUUGAUUGCUUUAGUAUAACAUGUGUAUGAACGGUUUGAAGUGAAGUUCAAAGUGUGUUUGCACUCCUUUAAUAAGUUACAUUUAGAUGGUGCUUUGUUAUUUUGGUGCUUUGUUGUGACCAUUUGUACAAUAUCAAACUAAACAUCUGACUAC